AUGGCAGUGGACGUCAGGUCGCAUGCGCAACUGAACGCGCACGCCGCGUCGCCUUUGCCUGCAGAGGAAGAGGCGCUCUAUACACAAUUACUUCGCAUUCGAGACGCCGUGAUUGCCGGGCAGCAUCCGCAGUUCAAGCUGCCGCCAGCCGUGAUCGAGCAGCUGCAAGCUCGCGACGCGCCCGCUGGCCAUGUCCACGCAGCAGCGGUCAACGGUGCCGUAAAUGGGACUGCUUUCCACGCGGACAGAGCAACUAACUACGCCCAGUCGUCGCCAUCAUCUGGUUUGCCGGGGCUGCAUGCUGCUUCGACUUCUCACGUAAAUGGCGUCGCUCAGCGGUCUACUGCAAAGCCAGCACCGUCCAGCGGCUUAGAUCYAAUCUUUUUGGAGAAAUCGGACAGCCUUGUGCGGGCCGAGGGCCAGCUCAAGCGGCAGCGCAUUGAGCGUGAUUUGCAGGCUCAGGUGGAGCAGCGCAAGCAAUCGUCACAGACGCGAGAUUACGGUGGCGAUGCGCCCUCGUCGCUCAAUAUGGCAGACGUGCUGGCGAAGGCGUUUGCGCGUGAAAGCCAUGUGUCGGGCUUGAAAGCAGCGCCGAAGCCUGAUAGCGCUGCCAGCAGCUCGUUCGACGAGAACGAUUACUACUCCAGCCAAGUCGAAAGUGACUGGUCCUCCCCUGCAAGCGCAAGUAAGGAAUCUGACCGCGCAGCAGAUGCUUACCGCAAUGAGGAGCCCGUUGUAUCGUCCUUCGCUGCCAAGUCAUCUGCGUCCGGCAAGCAGCCCGCUGUUGUCCACCCUCAUGUGUAUCCUGAUCAGAGCCACGACACGUUUGACAUUGACGAUGAGGAUGAUGAGUAUAUACCACAAGAUGCGACUGCAUUCGACUCACUGGCGCAGGCCGCGGCCCUGGACGACGAUGACGACGACAACUCCGAAUACGAACCUGGAGAAAWCACACAAGACAGUGUUGCGCCGAUCCCUCAUUACCAAACACAGACUGCACAAUCUUCUCCUCACGUACCCAUUAUCCGCAACCAUCUGACUCACAUAGCUGCUCCUCAACCAAAUCGCGUCUCGCCUCUCGCUGUCGCUAAAGGGCCGAGCAUCGAACUGGAGCUGGUGAAUGGUCGUCCGGAGAUUGUGCAAAAAUCGCGGCCCGUUCAUAACACGGUUGCGUCACGCGUCAGUACUGCCUCACCGUCGGCAACCGGUGUGGGUGGAAGUGGAAAGAAGCGGCGCCAGAAGAAGCGGAAGCGUGACAGCGAGCCAUCUGCCAAGACCAAAAAGAAGCGCGACAGACACAACAAUGCACGCUCACCACCAUCACCGGCGCAUCUGGAACCCCGUAUCAAAGAUGAGCCUGUGUCGCCACCACCUUUUGGGAAUGUACCCGAUCUGCCGCAGUUCGCUCAAAGACCACCAUCCUACAGACCCGCCGAGAUUGACUUGAUAUCGCCGCGACACGCACCGCAGGCCCAAURCUUGGAGCCUCCUCGCUCCGGACUUCGGUACGAAUAUGCCCAGCCAGCCUCUCCAGCGAUUGUUAGAGUGGCCUCUCCCGCCGCCUACCGGCCUGCACAGAGGGACAGUCAAGAUCUCAGACGUGUGGCCAGUCUGCACUACGCUCAAAGACCUCCAUCGCCAACGUACGGUGUGAACUCUCCAACACCAUACCGAACUGUCUCCAUGACUUAUGAUGAUUCACGUUUACCGCACACGCCUGGAGUUACUAUGGAGGGUGAGCCAGCACGCUACCCAGAGCAGCCAGCUGUACAGUACAUCCACGCGGAAAAUUCCCAUGCGUCACCGCGCCUGCAAGAUUUCCGCGAUGCCAAUCCCAGCAUGAUGCCACCUCCAUCAGCACCACCUAGGCGGAUUGUUGUAGACCAGUACGGAAAUCGAUACUAUGCUGCUGAUCCUGCCCCGGCACCCUCGAGAGCAUCGGUCGCCCCCAUAGAGCGACGCCAGCCAGCCGAGCUCGGAUAUGAGCGUGCACCGAGCCGCAUGGCUWCAGUGUAUGCUCAGCCUCCACCUGAACCGUACGAACAUGCCCCCGAAGUCCGGAUGGCCCCUCCUCCGCCACCGAGGAGACCUGAUGACGGACAAAUCCAAUAUGUGGACGCUCACGGCUACCCUAUCCGCGUUGAACAGCACCAACAGCCCAUUCGCUAUGCCGAUGCGCCCACCUCGCCUGUUUAUCAGGCCAUGCCUAGAUACGAACAGAUGCCUCCGCCACCUCCGUCUGUGAGAGAGCAGACAUCUCCAGUAUACGCUCCCCGGAGUUACAGUGUGCGACCAGAAGAGGCAGUACAGGCCGCCGCGACUUAUGCACGGCAAGCAAGUGUUGCCCCCAUACAAUACGCACGUCAAGCUAGUGUUGCGCCAGUUCAGUAUAUGCGUCAGGAAAGCGUGAUUGCACGAGCACCGUCACGUGCUUACAGCCAUGCGCCGCCGCCCACUCGUUACGUGGAUCAGUACGGACAGGAGGUCUAUCCUCGAGACAUUAGACCGGCUCCGGUCACAGAGUAUAGAUAUUAG